AUGAAUAGACUCACCCAACUCGUCAGCCACUUUUGUGGAAUCGAUGACACACUGAUUCAGCAGCCGGCUGGUCUUCGUUCGGACUUUACCAGCAGAUCGGACGAAGAAAUUGCGGACGAGAUCAUAGAGCUCUUGAAGGACACCGAAAAGAAUGGACAGGAAUUGAGAAAACAGGUGGAUAAGUCCAUUGGUCCCCAAGGAUGGACUGAGAGUAUCGCAAAGCGAGUUCUCGAACGCCUGGUCGAUCUGAUCAUGAACAGCCGUGAAAAGCUAGGUCAGGCCUUUUCCGAGGCCAUCGACACGGCCGAAGCCGCAGCGAAAGCGUGCUUCUCUUUUGCUCAGGACCAUCCUGAGAUUGUUGCAGGGCUUUUGAUCAUAGUUGCAGUGGGUGUACUGGUGCUCAUGGCUCCCUGGACCGUUGAGGCCCUCGGCUUUGGUGAACUUGGGCCUGUGGCCGAUACGUUCGCAGCAUGGUGGGAAUCCACCUAUGCAGGCGUCUACUGGACCUCUUACCAGAAGCCCAUCGUUCCCACAGGCUUGCCACAGCUCCCUCCCCCCGAGCUUAAACUGUUGACUCGACACGAGGCUCAGAGGAAACUUCUCAACUUGAUAGAGAUGGUUCCUCCCUAUUGGUUCAACGAAUUCCGGGCCCAGGACAUCAUCGGACUUUUGAAAGCAUUCAAGCGAUGCAAUCGCAAUAUUGAUAAUCCCAGGAACCAGCCACUCAACCAGGAUAUCAGAAGGAUGCUGCAGGCGAUACCUGUCGUAAAGCCCCCUGUCUAUGAUAUGUGGGCUGGCCUUAUUUCUUGCUGGGAUGCGCGGAUCAAUUGGUUUCCCUGGCUCUUUCUCAACAGGAUCAAUGCCAACAAGUGGUCCAAUAUGGUUGGCCUGAACCCUGGCCGGGACGACGCCGACCCUGAUAUCCUCUACGGGCCGGCCGAAGAGUUCAUCUCAUGGAUGGAGCACGAUAACCACUUCCGAUCGUUUUCUGAUGACAACAGAUCCGCCCCGCCUCUUGCCAACGAUGCGGCGGAAGACCUCCGAGACCUGUUUCGUGCCAUCGUAGUCACGGAAGUUACAGCAGUGGAGAUUAGUUGGCGCCUCCCAGUCGACCUCGAUAAGUCUCCCGAGGAAAUUCGGACGAUGCUCGCUCAGCCAAUCCAGCCAUGGUCUGCUGCAGAGGACGGUCAGCAGGAGGAGAAAAUCGUGACGACUCCCGAAACCACAAUCAUAGCCCCUACUCCGUCGAUGGAAGAAAUCGAGACGCAGGCUUAUAGUGCAGAUUGGCCUCUUCGCAAGGUUGUUUCGGGACUGACGGACAAGGUGGUCUUUCAGGAGAGGUAG